UUAGACACCGGCCCAGCUCUAGUGAUUCAGGCUGCACGAGUGGAGUGUGUUGUGUUGUUUUUGUGCUGUUGUUGUUUGAAUUUUUGUUUAUGUAGAUCGACAGGUUUCUACACAACAAACCCCGAACUGUUUUUUUGACAUUCAGUAGCCAGUGAUUAUACACCGCAGUACAGCGAGUCUCUCGUUCAGCACAGAAGAUGGAGGAAGAAGAAGACCAUCCCGAAGCUCCUUCAGCAGAAGAUUAUGCUGCUGAAGCCUUGGCGGCCGAUAUGGAUCCUUGGAUCAUAUUCGACGCCCGUAAAACUCCCAGAGCCGAGUUCCCGAGUUGGUUGGAGUCUAACCGUCCCUCACAGGUGAGACGAUUCGGGGACGAUGUCUCUGGUCCUGGGUGGAUCGCAGUGUACGGCACCACCCACGGCCCGAGCAACAGCGACGUCUCGGGUUUGCAGGAGAGCUGGGAAAGACUUCUCUCGAGCGGCCGACCCGUUACUUUCCAGACCAUUAAAGAGCUCGCUCUGAACCACAACGUGCUCUCAGGCAAAUGGCUGAUGCACUUGGACACGGGUUUCAAAGUGGACCACGCGUGGGAGUGUAUCGCGAAAGCCAUCGUGGAUGCGAAGAUCUCCGUAGCCAAAGUGAGCCCACGUGAUCCCAACUCGGACAGCAAACACGUCAUUUGCGUCUACAACGAGAACUUCACAGACGAGGAGCAGGUGAUGCAGCUGGACGCGGCCAUCAGGACGGCAGGCGUCAAGUGUCCUCUAACUUACAAGCCCGAUGUGUACACGUACCUGGGGAUUUACAGGAAAAACCGGUGGAAGCUGUGUCCCACGAUUUACGAGAGCAAGUUCGAUCUGGAGUGCGUGCCCCGGCGCUCACACGUAUUCAACAGAGUCACCAACUUGGAGGUGACCUAAACGGAAGAUGAAUCUCCAGCCUGCUGGACCGUCCCGAGACUACUAAAGAGAGCUCCUCGUUUGUUUAAUUGAUUGCUUUUUGUCCUUUAAUGACCCAAUAGCAUUAUUUUCUCCUUCACCUUAAAUUGAUGCCUGUUGACUUUACCAAUUGUUUUUUCAAUAGAUUUGCUUUUAGCCAGUUUUAAAGAGAUCGUACCCAGUUUACGGACAACCUCUGGUUUAACACGAUAACUGGUUUAACACAAUUAUGUUUAUCGUUUGUGUUGAAUUAUUAAAAAAGGAAAAAAAAUA